AUGCUUGUCUAAGAAUAAAAAUAGAAUAGAACUAGUAGAUGUAAGAAGUGCAAUCAGGAUGUUCCUAACUCCCAAUUGUAUGCACAUUAUGAGAAUUGCUAGAAGUAAUGUUUAAAUGAUUAACCCAACUCCAAAGAAAUUCCUGAACAAGUCAAACCUACAGUGAUUGAUGAUAAACAGUAGUUGCAUCAGCACUUAUCUAACAUUGUUCCUUAAGAAGAUGAGUUAUAAGCCAAUUAAUAAUAAGUAGCAAUUGGUUUUAGAAUGUUGAAGCUAUGUGAAACAUGUCAAGAGUAUUUCCAAGUGGAAAUUUAUUAUAAUCAUUUGAAUGAAUGCUAAACACAGAAAUAAGCCUAAAUACUUAAUCAAAAUUCGAUUAACACGAAUACGUUGAUUUUCUAAUGUUCAGAAGAAAUAGGUGGAAAUUUCAAAGCUUUUGAGUAAGUUAAAGAAGAACAUACAUCGGAAAUCAUUCACAGCAAUUAUAUAGUGUACAAAAAAACAAAAAUAACAAAGGAUAAGAACACUGGAUUCACACAUUAUCACACUACAUAUGAAAGCAAAUAGAAUAUAAUUUCUGAAAAUAAAAUACUGGAAAAUAAAAAUCAAACUAAACCUAAGGAAGAGAUCACCACUAAUGAUAAGAUGCCUAGUUUGAUAAUAUAAAGCCCACUAAACUUAGAUGUUACUUAAACACCCUAACCAGAUGAUGAAGAAUUAUGUCCUAUUUGCAAUAAAUAGUAUGAGUUACUAGAUUAAACUAAACUAUUUGAGGAUUGCCAACAUUUAUUUCAUUUAAAUUGCAUCUAAAAAGAUGUCUGUCCAAUUUGUGCUGCAUAACCAUAAUAAAAUCAAUGAAAUAUACUAUCUCAUAUAAUAUUAUUCAAUUAUUAUUUUCCGA